UAAGUACAAUGCACCUUGAGGUACUUUGUGGCAACUAUAUGCACAUGAAUGUAUUAUAAUCUCAUAUUUCAAAUCAAAGCGUGGUAUAGCUUCUAGAACAAGCUAGAGAAAUGAAUGGCUCAGUCAACUUCUUAAUUUUCACGUGAGUUGAAUUCUUAAGGCAAGAUUAAAAGAACAAGUAUAAUAACAUCGUACAAUGUCAACAAUAUCGGCAUUCACGUCAUCGCUGGUGUUCAAUGUUGCCAUAACAUUACUCCUGCUUCUUCUAUUUUGUAUUAUACGUCCACGCUUUGACUUUGUGUAUCAGCCAAAUUUCAAGUUAUUAACAGAAUUCAUGAGCAGCAAAGUCUCGACGAAAAAAACUGCUUUGCUGAAUAAAUUGAAGCUUCCAUCCUCCUUAUUUUGUUGGCUUACAAUCUCAUUCAAAGUAGAUGUUGAUGAACUAUACGAUUUGGUUGGAUUUGAUGCCUUCAUUUAUUUACGAUUUUUGCGUUUGUGUUUGCGAAUUGCAGUAUUUUCAUUACCUUACACCGCCGCAGUUAUUAUUCCAGUCAAUGUCUCUGGUGAAAGUGAACUUAGUGGUAUGGAUGCAUUAACAUUGGGAAACAUAUCUGAACAGUCAAGCAAACUCUGGACACAUUUGGUUGGCCUGUGGCUUUUCUCUUUUCUUGUUUAUUAUAUGCUGUAUACAGAGUGGAAGAUGUAUGUCCACUAUCGUCAAAAAUUUCUCAAAGAAAACAGAGAAAAUAAUUUCACACUACUCGUGACACAACUUUCUCCAAAGAUUUUUUCAAUUCAUCAUGUUCCACAUAACGAGGAAUUAAAGAAACUAGUGAAUAAAAUUUUUCCAGAUCAGAUAGCGUUUUGUGAUGUCAUUGAAAAUACGGAAGAUUGGCAGAAAUUACUGACGAAACAUGAUGAACUUGUUUUAAAAUACGAACACGCUCAGGCCGUACUUAAAGAAACGGAUGAGAGGCCUGAGCAUCGCCUUAAACCAUUUAUUGGAUCCAAAGUAGACUCGAUUGAUUAUUAUGAAGAAGAGUUGAAGAAUCUUCAGGAUGAUCUAAUAUCUCAUGAGAUCGAUGAAAAACGACCGUCUUUACGAGCUGCCAUCGUUACAUUUAAAACACUUCGUGAUGCAUGUAUUGCUUCACAAGUAUUAUGGCAAGCAAAACCAUAUCAUACUAUGAUCCAACCUGCUCCUGAAUAUCGCAAUAUUAUCUGGGAAAAUUUAGGAUUAUCUUUGUUUUUCGGAUGGUUACGUUGGGUGAUUAUUACCGUUCUCUUGUUCUUUCUUGUCGUAUUUUGGAUGAUUCCUGUUUCGUUUGUUCAAUCUCUUGUCACACUAGAAAGUCUUCAAAAGAAAAUAUCAUUUCUUAAUUUUGUGAACGAUUUGAAUCCAGCCGCCUUGGGCUUAAUUGAAGGAGUUCUUUCCACGUUAGCAUUUGUUGUAUUUUUUGCUAUUCUGCCAAAGAUUAUGAGGUUCUUAUCUAAGCAACAAGGUUUACUGUCAUUUAGUGAGGUGGAGUCAUCGAUGAUUGAAAAACUUUAUGUAUUCACGAUUGUCAACAAAUUUCUGGGAUCAGUUUUAGCUGGAGCCUUCUUCGAUAGAGUUCAAGGAAUUCUUGAUCAUCCAACAACGAUCCCAAGACUUCUAGCAAUGUCUCUGCCAUCGGUUGCAUCGUUUUUUAUCAACUUUGUCAUUCUACAAUCACUAACUGGUCAUGCAACAUCUUUGCUUCGUAUUUUGCCUUUUGUUAUUGGCAAUGUGAAGAAAAUAUGGUUUGCCAAAACGGAACGAGAUAAAAAAAUGUUAUGGAAUCCACCACCACCACCUUAUGGAGAAAUGUACUCCGGAGAUCUGUUCGUUUUCAUUAUUGGGGUCAGUUAUUGUAUACAAGCACCAAUAGUUGUCCCAUUUGUUGCUUUCUACUUUGGUUUUGGUUAUAUUACGCGUUUUUACUCCUUGGUUUAUGUCAUGAAACCUCAAUUCAAUGCUGGAGGGAAAAUGUGGAUUCCUGUAUUUAACAGAAUGGUGUUUGCUGUUAUUGUUUUUCAAAUUCUCAUGAUUGGAGUUUUUGCACUUAAGAAAAAUGCACUUGUUUCAUCUCUCUCAAUUCCCCCGCUGUUUAUCACCAUAGUAUUUUACAUAUUCAUGAAUAUGUAUUGGAGACCAAUUUCCACUUACAUGGAGUUGGAAGAUGCUUUGACAUCAGAGACAAAAGUUGACGAAAAUUUCUUACAGACGGCUCACGAGAAAUACAUUCGCAAUAAAAAUAUUCCAUCUUUGUAUGCUCUGAGUACAGAUGACGUCACUGAAGAUUUGAAGCGAGAUGAAGGCAACGAAGAUGAACGUGAGAAUGCCUUAGGGAAUGAAGUCGAGGAAAAUCAAUUUGAAGAUACUGGCUCAGUUUCUGACUUGAGCAAAUUUGUUUGAAAGACGAUAAGAAUAGAUGACUGAUGUAAAAAUAAAAAAUGGAAUCGUAAAGCUUAAAAAACAGCAAAGUAAUCAAUAAAAAUUUUGAUGGAAAAA